AUGCCGCUGGAGUUUGAGAAGAGAGAAGGCCAGAGUGAGGAUUUUCGGACGUUUUUGGAGGAUGUGAAGGGAAUGGACCGAUGGCGCGAGCAUUUGAGGGUGGUUGGGUUGGAUACUGUGAUCGGCUCAGUAGAGGAACUUGCGCAGACCAGCCGCACCAGAAGCCUGGUCGAUGAGAUCUUCGAGAUCAACUUCUUCGCGAAUGUCAAUAUCAUCAAAGCCGUACUUCCGAUCAUGCGCGAACGCAAGAAUGGCCACAUCAUCGUGAUAACCGGUAUCACUGGCCAUCUAGGAACACCCGGCCUAGGCAUGUACUGCUCCUCCCAAUGGGCCGUCGAAGGCUACUGCGAUUCCCUCGCCUACGAAAUCGCCCCCUUCAACGUAAAAAUGUCCCUAGUCCAAGCCAACAUGGAAGUCAACGUCCUCACCAACCGAAUAACCUCCGUGCCGCCCAUGUCCGAAUACCUGCAAGGCGAGAACCCCGCGCCGCUAGCCCGAGAAAUCUUCUCCGGCCUCCUCGACAAACUAGAAAGAAUCGACAACCCGUCUGCCCAUGCCCCCUUCGACGAAAACACAAACAGUGCAACCAAAUCCCCCGGCGACGAAAGCGUGAUGUCUGACACCAAUCCAGACGCGGAGCCCACCAUGGGCGAUUUGUUGAGUUCAGAUACGGUGACGAGUUUGUAUGCGCCGUUGCCGGUGGGGGUCAAGAGUAAUUUGAUUGCGGAGACUGUUCAUGCGCUCACGGCGAUUGGCGGGCAUGAUAAUCCUCCUGCGAGGCAUAUUGUGGGUACGGAGGGUGUGACGGCUGUGAAGGAGAAGUUGAAGACUACGAGUGAGGAGUUGGAGGACUUUAUUGAGGUUAGUGGGGCGGUGGAUAUUGCGCAGAGGGAUGGGGAGGCGAUGGUGGGGUUGGGGUUGGGGGUGGAUCAUGGGAUGAUGUGA